CGCGUCCGUGGAAUACUUGUCACAGCAUGCCAUUCGUCGCCCCAAAAACGGAGAAGUGCGUCCGUUGUGGAAAAUCGGUAUACGCCAACGAACGUAUCGAAGCAGGGGACAAAAUUUGGCACAGGCUGUGCUUUCGUUGCUCCGUCUGCGACAUGGCGCUCAAUUUAAACAAUUACAACCAAAGUGAACAAGUGCUCUACUGCAAAAAGCAUUUCAACGAACUCGUUCUGGCGAAGAACACUCAGACACCGAUUUGAUCGAUGACCAUCUCACUGUCUUCCUCCGCGAACCGCAUGCAGUUCAGAACCUUCUUCACAUGUGCAAUAGUCGCAUGAAGCAUUUGUUCUUUUGUGCUUAUAUAAACUUUACUAGAUGAUAAAAGAUUAGAAUACAAAAUUUGCUCCCUUGUCAAAA